AAUGAAACCUAAAAUUAUUUCUAAUAGAUUCACUUACCAUAUAAUAAUAAUAUUGUUAUUAUCAUGAAUGACCGUUAACUUUCAGCUUAUGCAGUGUGCCAGAACGCUUUUCAUUGUAGCUUCAGCCAUGUAUGCAUAUCUUUGUCGAAGGUUUGUGAUAAAAAGCAACAGUGUCCACAUGGAGACGAUGAAGAAUUGUGUGAUUUCAUGUGUCCGAAUAAUUGUACAUGUGACGGUUAUACAGCUCAUUGUUCAGGCCAGUCGUAUAACGUCUUUAACUUCUUGUCAAGUUCCAUACGCAUUUUGGAUGCAAGUCAUUGCUCUGGACUGAACGGAACGCUAGAUAUACAAAUGAGUUUUUUCUUUUUGAUAGAACUAAAUAGUUCAUAUUCAAAUAUAGAAUUAAUCUCAAAGGAAUCAUUUUCGCACACCAAAAAUCUAUUGAGGUUAGAUUUAAGUUAUAAUUUACUUACUAUUAUCCAAUCUAAUCUUUUCAAGAAUUUAAAAUAUUUGAGGAUGUUGCAUCUUCUGGGAAACAGGUUGAUAUCUGUGAUUGAGCCAACUGCUUUUAAUGGCCUGACAUUAAAAGAAAUAACUCUUUCUUACAUGACAUUAAACGUUAUUCUUAAAGAAAGCUUUGGUGGAUUAAACCUUACAAAAUUAGAUUUGUCACAUAGUUUAAUCGAAACAGUGGAAGACUUUGCUUUUGAGCGUUUGAUAGUUAAUGAGCUGGAUAUAACCUUUAAUCCAAUCAAAAACUUUGGUAAAGCAAUGUUCAAUGGUUUGGUAGGCUUACAGAAACUAAAAACACCACAGUACAAAUUCUGUUGUAUUCGUCCAAUUUAUCUGGAAGAGAAAAACUGUUUUCCACACAGAGAUGAAUUUUCGUCUUGCGGAGAUUUGAUGAGGCGAACUUCACUUCAAUUCUUUCUUUGGAUCAUCAGCAUACUGGCUAUUUCUGGAAAUAUCUUCUCCAUUGCGUUUCGAAUUUUUUUUGACGAAAAACGUCUGAAAAUGGUGUAUGGAAUAUUUGUGACGAAUCUUGCUGUUGCUGAUUUAUUAAUGGGAAUGUAUAUGCUAAUAAUUGCCAUUGCUGACAGAGUGUACCGCGGUAGAUAUAUUGAAGAAGAUGAGUAUUGGAGAAGAAGCGCUUGGUGCACCCUUGCAGGAGUAUUAUCUACCGUGUCGUCUGAAGCUAGUGUGCUAUUUAUCUGUCUGAUUACUGUAGACAGACUUCUUGUUAUUAAAUACCCCUUUGGAUCAGUACGAAUUUCAAAAAAUCUUGCUAAAAUGAUGGCCCUGUCUUGCUGGAUUGUUUGUUUUCUUGUUGCAAUUUUACCAAUUGUUCAGUCAAGUUAUUUCGGAGAUCAGUUCUACUCGAAAUCCGGCGUGUGCCUAGCUUUACCACUUACAAAAGAUCGGUCUACCGGAUGGUUGUACUCCAUUUCUGUUUUUAUUGGGUUCAAUUUCAUAACAUUUAUUAUGAUAGCACUUGGCCAAACAAUGAUCUACUAUGAAGUUCGGCAUCAGUCAUCAGUGAUGAAAAAGAAAAGCUCUGCCAGACGGAAUGAUCUGAAAGUUGCCAGGAACUUGUUACUUCUUGUCACGACAGAUUUUGCUUGUUGGUUUCCGAUUGGAUGCAUGGGUAUGCUGUCUUUGAAUGGACAUACCAUACCUGGUGAGGUAUAUGCAUGGACUGCAGUUUUAGUACUACCGAUUAAUUCUGCCAUUAACCCGUUCUUGUAUACAAUAAUGGCUAUAAUAAGUAGCAAGAAAUUCAGUCCAAGCAUAAACGAACAACAAAGUAUACCGGAGUAUGUAAAAGGACAGAGAAAGGGUUUUCGGAAAGCAUGUUACGGCAUAUGGUUUCCAGAUCCUAAACUCGAAUUUGAUGUCGUCAAUCCAAAGAGCGAUGCUGUCCUAAAAUUGAAGCCUGACGACCUACUCUGGAUUUUUCUUGAUGUUUUUAAAAGCCUGCAUUUACAUCACAUACACGGGAUGUGUUACAAAGACAUUAGUGCCGAACACGUGCUUGUAUACAUACCAUCAAACAGGAAAUAUGGAGGAGUCAGAAUCGGGCAAAAACCUGUUGGAUUUUCCAGAAAUACUGAAACAAAACAAGACAUUAAUAUGGUCGGUGAAAUACUGAAGCCAUUGGUGAAAUGCUAAAAUGUCAGCAAAGGGAUUACUAGCUUCAAAUGCAAAACUCAUUUGUAAACAAACCAAGAAGUCAGGGUAUAUUUAGAUGUUGACUUAUUAAAAUAUAUAUUUCUAAGACAAGAUUUCUAUUCAAAUUUGGUUCAUAUUUUUUGUUGUUGUUGUCUAUGUUUCUAUAGAAGAGGGUUAAAUACAUUUAUAGUAUCAGUUAUCUUUUUAAUUAUAUUCAAUAUUGUAAUUUAAGCCAUGAAAAUAUAGUCUUUAGUUGUUUUUACAAUACCAUGGCAACAUUUUAUGUUUUGUUGUCUUUUGAACGUUCUACAUCAUGUAAGUCUUGUUUUUUAAUUUUAAUUCCUUUUUUGUUUCAUUUGCCUUUUUCCUUUCAAUUAUCAUGAAGUAUUUUGAUAAGAUACUUAAUAUAUUGUUGUAUUAAGUGCUGAACGAAACAUGAUAAAUACUAAAAGUAAAUUUUUAAAAUCAUUUUAUGUAUUUUUUUUCUUUUCUUUUCAAUUGUUCGGCACGUAUUCAGAAGAAAGAAAUGGUAAUAUCAUAAUAUUUUUAUUACAGAAAAUGAAACUGAUUGCUUUAAAUUGCGUUGCAUUUCUCUCCGGAUGUGUUUGAGGUACGUUUUGGCCCAGAAAAUUAACGCUUUUAAUUCUUUUUUAUCCCCGCCGAUGAAAUCGGGAGGGGGCUAUUGAAAUGGCGUUGUCCGUCCGUCACUGCGUCCGUGUGUCCGUGCGUGCGUGCGUGCGUCCACAGCCAUUUCUCAGUAACUAACUGGUAGAAUUUCAUGAAACUUGAAAUAAACAAAAACCAACAUACUGCGAUGAUACCCGUCAUUUUUUUUUUUUUUUUUUUUUUUUUUGGAUUGAUCAAUUUUUCUUAGAGUUAUUGCCCUUGAUUUAAUGAAAAAUGCCCAAAAAUAUCCGUCCGCAGCCUUUUCUCAGAAACUAGCUGGUAGAAUUUCAUGAAACUUGAAAUACACAUGAAUCAACAUAUUGGGAUGAUGCACGUCAAUUUUUGUUUUGUUCAAUUUCCUUUAGAGUUAUUGCCCUUGAUUUAAUGAAAAAUCCACCUCUGCAGCCAUUUCUCAGUAACUAGCUGGUAGAAAUUAAUGAAACUUGAAAUAAAUAUGAAUCAACAUACUACUGAUUUGUACAUAACAAACCAACCAAUUGGUAGAAUUUCAUAAAACUUCUUUCAUUCUUUUCCAUGAAGAUUCAUUAUAAACAUGUGAAAUUGUGUACCCACACCUAGACACCCCCUUACCUUGGUCACACCCCUCCCCCUCCCCUCCGCCCUCCAAAAAAAUCAUUCUUUUUAAAAAUUUAUUAUUUUUUUUUUCAAACCUUCCAUGAAUAUUAAUCAACAUGCAAAGUUGUUCUGUUCCCCAACGUCAUUCCUCCACCCCGCUUGGUCAUGCCCAGCACCCUGAUCAUGCAUCAUUUCUUUAUAUUAAAACCUUUCUCUUACUUCAAUUGAAAACUUUAUCUGUUAACAAAUUAGCUUUUGAUCCCUCUGUAAUGAUUCGAAUAAAUUGACAAUUUAGUAAGGGCACGGCAUUCCGAAACACAAAAUGAUAACACCAUUUUAUUAUUAUUAUGGUUA